AUGAUGAAGCGGCGAGUGUUGAACAGGCUGAAGCUGUCCCUGACUGGGCACGUCAGCACAGUCCGAGCUGUGGCGAUUUCGGAUAGGCAUCCGUACCUCUUCAGUGCGUCCGAAGACUGUGAGGUGAAGUGCUGGGACCUAGAGCAGAACAUGGUAAUUCGCAAUUACCAUGGACACCUCAGUGGUGUGUACUGCCUCGUUUUGCAUCCCACAUUGAACAUCCUCGCAACAGGUGGCCGUGAUGGCUCAGUCCGUGUGUGGGACAUGCGCACCAAGACCGGGAUUUUUGUUUUCACCGGCCAUACCAACGCCAUUUGCUCGUUGACCUCGCAGGCUGCCGAGCCCCAGUUUAUCAGCGGUUCCAUGGACAGAAUGGUUCGACUUUGGGAUCUGGCAGCCGGUAAGUGCUCUGUCACGUUGACCAACCACAAGAAGAGCAUUCGAGCCUUGGCGAUCCAUCCUCUGGAGUACACCUUUGUGUCAUGCUCAUCUGACAACAACAAGGUAUGGAAAUGUCCCAAGGGCGCUUUUGAGCGCAACAUUCAGGGCCACAAUGCUAUCGUGAAUUGCUGCACAAUUCGAGAAGGGCAGCAGGGCUCAUCGCAGCUGAUUGCUGGAACAGACAAUGGCUAUCUCCAUUUUUGGGAUUGGAGAAGCGGCCACAAGUUCCAAAGCUUGGAGGCCAUACCUCAACCCGGCAGCAUGAGUGCGGAAAAUGCAAUUUUCGACAUGGCGCUGGACCAGAGUGGCAGUCGCUUGUUGACGGCGGAAUGCGACAAGACCGUGAAAAUUUACAGAGAGGACCCCAAUGCGACUCCAGAAACGCAUCCGCUCAACUGGAAGGCAGGGAUACCAUGA